UUGAUGAAAGAGGUCGUUAGUUUAAAUAAUACUAUCACAAAUCAGAUAUGUGGUCACUUGGAAUGGUACUUUAUUAUUUAUGUUACUCAAGACCCAUAUUAUCAAAUUGAAGAUGUUGAUACAAGAAAUUAUGCAUUUUAA